AUGAACUUAGAAACCCAAAUCCAGCAAUUCCGAGAAACCUUUUACACUGUCAAAGCCGAAGUCCAAAAACGCAUUGUCGGUCAAGACGCAAUUGUUGAAGGCGUGCUUUUCUGUCUACUCGCCAACGGACACGCGCUCCUUGAGGGUAUCCCGGGUUUAGGGAAAACGCAGCUGAUUUAUACCCUCAGCGAGGCACUCGAUCUCUCCUUCAAGCGUAUCCAAUUCACGCCGGAUAUGAUGCCCUCCGACAUCACAGGUACAACGCUCCUCAUUGAAGACGAACACGGCAGAAGGCAGUUUGAAUUCCAGCAGGGGCCCGUUUUCUCCCAACUCAUCCUCGCCGACGAGAUCAACCGCGCCACACCGCGCACCCAAUCCGCACUCCUUGAGGCGAUGCAAGAGCGUACUGUCACCGUCGGACGCACCAGCCACAAGUUAGAAGAGCCGUUUUGUGUUCUCGCCACACAGAACCCGUUGGAAAUGGAAGGCACCUAUCCGCUCCCAGAGGCACAACUCGACCGGUUCCUAUUCAAACUUCACAUCGACUUUCCGAACGAAGAUGAGAUCGUCGAAAUUCUACGUCGUACCACGUCCGGUGCCGAGAUCACUAUUGACAAGGUAACGAACACCGAGACGCUCAACCAGAUGCGUCAACUCGUGCCGCAGGUCAUCAUUGCUGAGCAUGUCGAACGCCACAUUAUCCGACUCGUCCGUGGUACACACCCCGAUUCCAAGAACGCGCCAGAGACCGUCAAACGCUACGUCCACCUCGGUGCGGGGAUUCGGAGUGUCCAAGCGAUAGCACUCACCGCCAAAAUCAAUGCCCUCCUCGAUGAACGUUACAACGUCGCUUUUUCGGAUAUCGAUGCCGUAUUGCUUCCCGCGCUCCGGCACCGCAUUCUUCUCAACUUCGAGGGGCAAGGCGAAGGCAUUGAACCCGAUGCCAUUGUCAACGAAGUCCAAAACGCACUUUCGGAGAGGUAG